UGUUCGUGUUCGGGUCCGACCGGAAACAAACGCCGCAGCUCUUUAGGUUCCGCUUGAUGGACGAUGUCUUGGUGCGGACAGGAGGCCACAGAGGAGCUGCUCCGAGAGUUUUUACGCACACGGUCGUCUACCAGGUAUAGGGUGAUGAAGAACUGGGGUGUGAUUGGAGGCAUCGCUGCCGCUGUGGCGGUGGGCGUGUAUGUGCUCUGGGGUCCCAGCGCAGACAGGAAGAAGAGGAGGAGAGGCAUGGUGCCGGGGUUGUUGAACCUGGGAAACACGUGCUUCCUGAACGCACUGCUGCAGGGUUUGGCCACGUGUCCUCCUUUCAUCAGCUGGCUCCAGGACUUCACUUCCCACAGCAGCUCCCGUCUCUCCGGCUCGGACACGCAGACGGACACGCAGACGGACACGCAGACGGACACGCAGACGGACACGCGGGUUUCCAAAACACUGUUGCAGCUGCUUACAGCUCUGUCCAGUCCUGAUCCAGGAGAGGAUGAUGUUUUGGACGCAGGAUGUCUUUUAGAAGCUCUUCGUCUGUACAGAUGGCACAUCAGCUCCUUUGAGGAACAGGACGCUCACGAGCUUUUCCACGUCCUCACGUCGUCUCUGGAGGAGGAGCGCGAGCGGCAGCCCAGAGUCCCUCACCUGUUUGACAUGGAGACGCUGGAGAAACAGGCAGAGACGAGCCCAAACCCCGUUAGCUGUUGGAGUCGAGGUCCUCUGCAUCCCGUUCCCAACCUGUGGAGGGCACAGCACCCGUUCCACGGACGCCUGACCAGCUACAUGGCCUGCAAACGCUGCGAGCGCCAGAGUCCGGUGCGUUACGAUUCGUUCGACAGCCUCUCGCUGUCCAUUCCUGCCGUUCAAUGGGGUCGGCCAGUUACUCUGGAUCAGUGUCUUCAGCAUUUCAUCACCUCGGAAAUGAUUCAAGAGGUGGAGUGCGAGAACUGCACCAAGAAACAGGCUGAGACUGAGGCCCGUCAGGUUCUGGAGAGCCAGAGGACGACAUUCGUAAAGCAGCUUAAACUCGGAAAGCUCCCCCGGUGUUUGUGUAUUCACCUGCAGAGACUCACCUGGUCUCCCGAAGGCGCUCCCAUUAAGCGACACGAGCAUGUUCAGUUCUCCGAGUACCUCAGCAUGGACCGCUAUAAACACAACAGCACCACACCGAGACUGCAGAAGGCCAGCAGGGCCAAAAAACUAACGGCGGAAGAACCGCACGAUCGAAACAUCGCCAAUGGAGUCGACCCAGAGCACCAUAACAACAACAACAACAAGCCGCUGUCGAACGGCAGCGUUUCCUCUGCCUUUCUCCUCGGCCUUUCUCCAUCUGACUUCAGCUCGUCGGAGUACCUGUUCCGGCUGACGGCGGUGCUCGUGCACCACGGCGACACGCACUCGGGUCACUUCGUCACGUACCGCCGCGGCCCGGCGUCGUUCGGCCCGCAGUGGCUGUGGGUGUCAGACGAGUCUGUGCGCAAGGCCAGUCUGCAGGAAGUGCUCUCCUCCAGCGCGUACCUGCUGUUCUACGAGCGUGUGCGCAGGUGAACCCAGGGAACGACCAGAUCCGGGCUCGUGGGUCUACGGAGACCGUGUUAACAUUAAAACGAGCGUGUAGCUGAGAGAGCUCUGCCUCGAAACGCUGAGUUUACCAAAAAAAAAGCUUCCGACGAAGCGGGUUCUAAAAGAGGACACGGUGACGGUCUUCACGAAGGAGGUUUCUGAGUGAAAAAACGGCUCUGUGAAUAGUUACGGGUUGUAUUAGGUACGAGAAAAACACUCCAUACACCUGCUCAAUCACGCAGCUAUCCAAUCAGCCAAUAGGAUUUAAGCCGAAGAACUCUUAAGGCUUCCGUAAAUCGAACCCGUUUCCCUGAUUCUUACUGGUGUAAUGCUAUUUUUUGCACUUUAUUCAUUGCGGAAGCUUCUUUUAAAAAAAAAAAAAAAAAAAAAAAAAAAAAAAGCUAUGAAGUACCUCAAAGGAAGAGUGUUGAUCUAGAAGCAGAAGUGAAAGUCUAACACUGAUACUGGAUUCAGGUGUGUUCCACCGCAGUGUCGUUAGAGAAGAGGUGGUUUGGAUGGUUAAGGGGCCUAGCGUUUCUAAAGCAGCUCUACUCGGACCCAGACGACGUAAGCUUCGUCUGCCGGUCUUGGUGUGCUGAAGGUGUUGGACUUUGAUACAAAAUGCAGGAAGGAGAAUGUUUUUAAACUUUAUAGUACACUCUUGAUACUCAGCAGUCGUGAAACCGUUUUGUUUAAUGAUUCUUCUAGAAGCGUAAAGGGGUUUUUCCCCCAGAGAAACAGGAACGCUUCAGGGUGUUGGGUGGAACCUUUUUGUACUAGGAGUGUACGUGGAGAACGGAGCCCGGGAUUAUUAGCUGCUAAUGAAUCUGUGUGUGUGAGAGAGAGAGAGUGAGUACUGGAUGUCAAAUGUCAAUUUUUAUAAGCUGUUGUACAUCCAUUGUUUUUUUUUUGUUUGUUUGUUUGUUUAACAUUUUGUUCUUGUCCCUCUUGAUCAUGUGACCCUGCAUCAGUCUCUUAAUUACGUCCCAUUAUGUAGCGAAACCUAUGAGGGAGUUGGGUUUGCUUCCGCCGUGCCAGUCUUCCAGUCCAGAUGCAGCUUUAAUUAGACAAGAAGAAGCCAUGGUUGCUGAAUUUUAUCAUUGUUAAACCUUUUUAGAUGUUUGCUGUGGUGAUUGGUUAAAAAAAAAAAAAGAAAGAAAUAACCGAAGGUAUGUAUUUUUGUGUGUGUGUGUAACUGAUCUGUCCAGUGUUUAUAUCGGUUCAGGUGGAAACGGCUCAAUGGCGAGUAUUGUUCCAAAAAAAAAUGUAAAAAGCUAAUUAUAUGCUAAACCAUUUGCACUGAGAUGAUAUUUUUAUGAUAACUUCCUACCCUGUGUAUGAUUUGUAAGGUUUUUUUGGAAUGUUUUCUCAAUUGUAAACGAUGUUAAAUAAAUUUCUGCAACUGUAAAGCC